AUGGCAUCAAAUGCUCAGUCCACUGGUAUUGAGCUGCAAGAAAGCAGCGCGGCGGGGGAGAGAUUUCCGCGGCCGGCUGGAGAUUCCACCCCCGAGCUCAAUCCGGAUGAUUUGAUGCAAGCUUCCCUCAUUGCUGACGCCGAGGUGCCUGAUGGAGGCUAUGCCUGGGUCGUCAUAUUAGGCUGUGCAGUCAUCACCUGGUGGUUCAUCGGGACAUCCUACUGCUGGGGUGUUCUGCAAGCGGCGCUGGUGAAAGAAGGCGUGUCCUCGUCUUCUACCCUAGCAUUUGUCGGUUCCCUUGCCACGGCCUGCAUCUCGUUCUUGGGCAUUCUCAAUGCGCGCAUCAUUCGAAAGGUUGGGACCAGGAUUGCGGCGAUGGUGGGAAUUUUCUUCGUCGGCCUGGGUGAAGUCCUGAGUAGCGUGGCCAUCAAGAACAUUGGCAGCUUGUUCGUAACAUCUGGGGUGGUCAUGGGAAUUGGUAUCAGUCUCUGUUUCAUGGUGGUCUCGGUGACCCCCGCGCAGUAUUUCAAAGCCAAGCGCGGGAUUGCGAACGGGAUCGUCUACGCUGCAGGCGGUCUGGGGGGAGCAGUCAUCAGUUUUAUUCUGAAUGCUCUCCUGAGCAGCGUUGGCACCGCAUGGACGUUCAGAAUCCUUGGGUUUAUUACCUGGGGAACUGGUAUUCCUGCAGCGUACCUGAUCAAACAACGGGUACCCAUACCUCGCACUGCGUUUGUUGAAUGGUAUGCCGUGUCAAAUCCCACGUUGCGAUCCCUUACUUAUCUGCAUUCCAGGCGACUCUUCCGAGACAUCCGCUUCGUCAUCCUUUUUGCGACAGGAGCCAUAGCCACGUUUCCUCUGCUGGUCCCUCCAUUCUUCUUGCCUUUGUACACGGAUUCCCUCGGAAUGUCCUCCAGCGCAGGAGCAGGAGUGGUCGCUGCAUUCAACUUCUCCUCCGCAGUGGGACGGCUGAUCUGCGGGUUCUGCAGUGAUCUUGCCGGUCCAUUGAACACUCUGUUCUUAUCCCUCCUGCUCAGUGCCCUGAGCAUGCUAGUAUUGUGGCCGGCCUCGACGUCCAUUGGGCCGCUUAUCGUCUUCGUCAUUAUCAACGGGAUGUCCAACGGCGGCUUUUUCUCGACAAUGCCAACUGUUGUUGGGAAUGUAUUUGGCUCCGCGAGGGUGCCGGUUGCAAUGGGGAUGGUGGUGACAGGCUGGGCGGGUGGAUAUCUUCUUGGUGCCCCGAUUGCGGGAUACAUACUCGACGCGUCCGGCGGAGAAGGAAAUGGCGUCGGUGCCUACCGGCCUGCGAUUUUCUAUGCUGGCGGUAUGGCUCUGAGCUCGGCGGCAAUGGCUCUUUUUAUUCGUCUGAAGACGGAUGUGAAACCGUUCAAAAAGCUAUAG